AGUUGUAUCUUGUUCUGUGGUCUUUUCUGGAAAAUAUCAUAAAACAGCACCCGAUUACCUCUUGCUCGUGUUUUUAGCAACUGCCCGUAAUAAUCAGCGGCAACGAGUCCCAACAAAAGAAGUACUUGGGCAGAUUACUUGAGGAACCUUUAACGACGGCCUACGCCGUCACGGAACCGGGCGCCGGCUCGGACGUAAGCGGAGUAAAGACGAGCGCCGUUAAGAAAGGGGACGAGUGGAUUCUCAACGGACAAAAGCAGUGGAUAACCAACGGCGGCGUCGCGAAUUGGUAUUACGUGCUGGCGCGUACCGACCCGGACCCGAAGGCGCCGACGGGUAAGGCGUUUACCGGGUUUAUCGUCGAACGAGAUUGGCCCGGUGUUACACCGGGGAAGAAGGAGAUCAAUAUGGGACAGAGGGCGUCGAAUACUGCGUCCAUCACCUUUGAAGACGUUCGCGUACCAAAGGAGAACGUGCUGAUGGGCGAAGGUGCCGGAUUUAAAGUCAGCAUGAUGUUCUUUGACAAAUCACGCCCUCACGUGGCGGCGGCCGCAGUCGGACUGGCCCAAAGAUGCCUCGACGAAGCCUCCAAGUACGCGACCGAGCGCAAGACAUUCGGCGUACCAAUCGCGGGCCAUCAAGCGGUGGCGUUCAUGCUGGCCGAUAUGGCCAUUGGUAUCGAGCCGGCACGCUUGGCGUGGAUGAAGUCGGCCUGGUUAGCCGAUAACGGCAUUAACAACACCUACAUGGCGUCGAUCGCGAAGUGUUUGGCCGGCGACGUCGCGAACAAGUGCGCGAGCGACGCCGUACAGAUUUUCGGCGGGAACGGAUUUAAUUCCGAGUAUCCCGUCGAGAAGUUAAUGAGGGACGCGAAAAUCUUUCAAAUUUAUGAAGGCACAGCUCAAAUUCAACGGAUUGUUGUGUCGCGACACAUCAUUAAGGAGGCUAUGUCGAAUAAAUGAUUGAGUUUUUA